GCGAGACCGAGCAAAAAGUUUAAAGGUAUAAUGUACAGCUCCAAGACUUGAGAACAACGGUUGCGUAUGGCAACCGCAGACAUCGUGUCGGACUCGCACCGACAUAAGCAGGGCAUAACGUUGCCUUCGCCUGCUUAAUCAGAUAGUAAUUAGUUACAGUCAUACUACUAGCUACGUGUCAUUGCUUUAUCUGAUCUGAUCUGAUUUGAUCGCGAUCGGAUCAGAACAAAGAGCGAUGUUCGACUUUGUCGACGAAAUGCUCGUAGUAUGUCUGCACUCUGUGCGAGAUGAUUGUCCUCCUACUCGCUCUGGCAGCAGUACUAUACCUCGUCUCAUGGAGCUGGUCUCAAUGGACCGAAUUCCAGCGCAAUGUCGCUAUGCUUUCACACCUACCAACUUACAAGCUGCUCAUCCAUCCCCAUCAUCUCUUCUCCAUGCUCGUUCCGCGAAUGUCCUACAUCAAUCUCGGUGAACAAUAUACCUGGCGCUACAAAAUGGACUUGUACUGGAAAGACAAGCCAGCCAUAGCAGCAAUCUCGUCAGCAAUGCCGAUGCGACGCAGCAUAGUCAUCUCAGAUGCACAGGCGGUCAAGGCUAUCGCUAAUGACCGCAUUUCUUUCGUCAAGCCAGUUUCGCUCUAUGCUGCUCUCGCGCUCUUUGGCCCCAAUGUCGGCGUUGUCGAGGGAGCUGAAUGGCGAAGGCAUCGCAAGAUCGUUGUUGGUCCCAACUUCCAGGAAACGACGGGCUUGACUGCGUGGACAGAGUCUAUCAGAACUGUCAACAUGUGCAUCGAAGACUGGAGGGCGAAGCAGACUUCGGGCGAGGUUGUCGUGCAAAGCGCAGUAAAGCUCACACUCAAGAUUGCGCUCUUUGUGAUCUGUGCUGCCGGCUUCAGCCAGAGACCUCCAUGGCGCGACGAUGCGCCCGAAGCACUGCCGAAAGAUCACAAGAUGCCCUUUCGGACUGCCUUACACGGCGUUCUCGAGAAUGUCUUUACCAAAUUCAUACUGCCAAACUGGGCUCUACGCUUGCCAAUUCAAAAGUGGCGGCAUACGGGUCAAGCUUUCGACGAAUUUGAACGAUAUUUGCGCGAGAUGGUCGCGCAUCGGCGCGCUACUUCGACCAACGUACGCGAAGGCGAGGAUGGGCGCGAGGAUCUACUUGGCAGUCUCACUCACGCCAACGCGAGCACCGAUGCUAGCGAACCGUCGAAGAAACUUGCUCUGACUGAUCAGGAAGUCAUGGGCAAUAUUUACAUCUUCUUGCUCGCCGGUCAUGACACGACGGCACAUACGCUUGCUUUCACGCUUGCUCUUCUCGCGCUCUAUCCCGAAGAGCAGAAGCGACUGUACGAGCACAUUGCCAGUGUUGUGCCUGCCGAUGGUACAAUGGAUUUUGAGCUGUUUCCCAGGCUGACGCGCUCUCUCGCGGUCUUCAUGGAGACUUUGCGACUGUAUCCUUCUGUCGUCAUCAUACCCAAGUACAGCGUCGUCGAUGCGGUCGUGCCUAUCACUGGCGAUGACGGGAAGCCGGCCACUGUCUUUCUGCCCAAGGGAGGCGAAGUCAUGAUCAAUACUGUCGGCUUGCACUACAGUCAACGCUACUGGGGACCAGAUGCUUCCGCUUUCCGACCGGACCGGUUUAUUGACGCGCCAGAUGGAUCAUACUCUUGGCCCCGUGAAGCAUUCCUCGGAUUCUCUGCUGGCCCUCGCUCUUGUCUCGGUCAAAAGUUCGCACAAGUGGAAGCAGUUGCGAUCUUGUCAGCGCUCUUGUUCAAGUAUGAGGUCUUGCUCAAGGAAGAUGUUGAUGGAACUGCGCCCAAAGGCGAAACGCUCGAUCAGAAGAGAGCAAGGAUCACACAAGCAAAGACGGUCAUUACGCUCACCCCUUCUGCAGUACCCAUCAUCUUCCGCGAAAGAGAGAUAGCACACUGAUUCAAGCAUGGUAUUUGGAGUGCACACUAGUACGUCAGUGGAUAUAUACAGCAGCAUUGCAAUGUCAACAGCAAGGUUUCA